CGCGUCUAGUUCAUUCCUCUCGAUUUAAUCCUCCUCAGUCGUUAAUCAUGCUGUCGAAUGGAACCAAUGGAUUGAUUCACAAAUGUCGCAUUGAUCUCAGACACACUUUGAUUUUUUCUCUUCGGAAUCAAGGGUUUUACACUCAUGUCGUCUCUAAACCCAAUUCGGAAACCCAGAAAGCAAGCAAAUUCGGGAAGACGAGCAAUGCCCUUGUUUACUUCAAUUCUCAGAUCACAAAGUGCGGAAGAAAUGGAAAUCUCGAAGGAUCUGAAGCUGUUUUCAGAAGCAUGCCGCAUAAAAACGCUGUUUCUUGGACUGCUAUGAUCACGGCCUAUGCGGAUAAUGGUAAAAUAGGCAAAGCUAGGAAGCUGUUCGAUGAAAUGCCUGAUAGAACCACGGCUUCUUACAACGCGAUGAUUACGGCUUGUAUAAAAAACAAGUGUGAUGUGAGCGAAGCGAUUCGUUUGUUCCUUUCAAUACCUGAGAAGAACUCUGUGUCAUAUGCAGCGAUGAUUACGGGUUUUAUUCGGGCUGGGAUGUUCGACGAGGCGGAGAAGUUGUAUUCCGAGACACCGGUGAAGUGGCAGAACUCAGUUUCUUCAAAUGCAUUGAUAAAUGGCUAUCUGAAAUCUGGGAAAUUGGAAGAGGCUGUUCGAAUUUUUGAGGGUAUGGCAGAGAAGGAUUUGGUUUCAUAUAGUUCUAUGAUUGAUGGGUACUGUAAAAUGGGAAGUAUCGUUGAUGCUAGAGGUCUGUUUGAUACGAUGCCGGAGAAAAACGUGGUGACAUGGACUGCGAUGAUUGAUGGGUAUUUCAAAGCUGGCUCUUUUGAAGAUGGCUUCGGUUUGUUUCUUACAAUGAGGCGGGCGGAAGAUGUGAAGGUAAACUCUACCACCUUGACUGUCAUAUUUGAAGCUUGUGGGAAUUUCAAGAGGUUUCGAGAGGGGACUCAGGUUCAUGGGUUAGUUUCACGCAUGGGACUUGAGUUUGAUGUUUUCUUAGGGAAUUCAAUGAUCUCGAUGUACUGUAAAUUUGGUUCAAUGGAUGCAGCCAAUGCAGUCUUUACCAUGAUGAGCAAGAAAGACAUUGUUUCUUGGAAUUCCUUGCUCACGGGUUUUGUGCAGCAUGACCAAUUUUUCGAAGCCUAUGAGCUUUUUGAGAAGAUGCCGAGGAAAGAUGUGGUUUCCUGGACAAACAUGAUCAUAGGACUUUCUGGGAAGGGAAACAUCUCUAAAUGUUUAGAGUUGUUUAAAAUGAUGCCUGAGAAGGAUGGCAUUGCCUGGACUGCUGUGAUAACUGGGUUUGUGGCUAACGAAGAGUAUGAAGAGGCUCUUUGCUGGUUUGCUAAGAUGCUCCAUGAAAACGUUUGUCCGAAUCCUUCUACUUUCAGUUGUGUGCUUAGUGCAUCAGCUUAUUUAGCCGCACUGAACCAAGGACUGCAGAUCCAUGCUGGAGUUGUGAAAUUGGGCAUGGAGUGUAAAUUAUCAGUUCAGAAUUCUCUUGUCUCAAUGUACUCCAAAUGUGGAAACACAUACGAUGCUUACAAGAUCUUUUUAUGCAUUAAUGAGCCCAAUGUUGUUUCCUAUAGCACCAUGAUUGGUGGGUUUGCCCUGAAUGGUUUUGGAGAAGAAGCUCUCAAAGUAUUUACAAAGAUGGAAAGUGAAGGAAAGAAGCCGAAUGAUGUCACCUUUCUUUCUUUGUUAUCAGCUUGUGCUCAUACGGGACUUGUAGGUUUGGGAUGGAAAUACUUCAAGUCAAUGAAAUCUAUGUAUGAGAUCGAACCAAAUCCAGAUCAUUAUGCAUGCAUGGUUGAUCUCCUCGGCAAAUGCGGAUUGCUAGAUGAAGCAUAUAACUUAAUCUCUUCAAUGCCUUUCGAACCUCAUUCUGGGGUUUGGGGCAGCCUUCUUGGUUCGUGCAAGACUUAUUUACAUCUUGAUCUAGCAGAGCUUGCGGCCAAGAAACUAAUGGAGCUUGAGCCCGAAAGCGCAACCCCUUAUGUGGUCUUGUCCCAGUUGUAUUAUAUUCAGGGGGAAAAGAGAGAGAGUAAUCGGCUAAGGAAUAUCAAGAAAUCGAAAAGAAUAAAGAAAAACCCAGGGUGUAGCUGGAUCUUAUUAGGAGACAAAGUCCAUCCUUUUUCUGUAGGAGAUGAAUCUCAUAUGAACGUGGAUGAAAUAAAAGUUACGCUGGAGUUGAUUCGAGAGGAAAUGGAGUUGUCUCUUGGCCACGAGGAUAUUUGUUAUUAAACAUGGAUGGGAUAAAUUCUUUCACACAGUUUUCUCUUGCUCAAGACCAUAUAUAUAUGCCUUCCUUGUUAAUAUGCUGGCAUCAGGAAGUACAAAUAUUAAGGAUAAUCAGUCCAAGGCAUCUACAUGUGGCUUACCUGGUUGCAAUUACUGAUAUAAGGAAGGCAUUGCAUAUUGCAUGCACAAAACCGAAAUUUUCAGAGCCAUACGUGGAAAUUCUUUGUUCCUGAAGAAAAGAUUGGCCUUAAACAUGCUGCUCUGGUUGCACCAACCAAGUAUGAACUGGUAUCCCGUGUUAACUUUUGAUUCAUUCUUCGACAUAACAAGCAACUUCUCUUGGAUGCAAAAACAGGGCCAAGAAAGAGCCAGAUUAGGCAGGAAGAUGCUUCAGAAUUUUUGAACAGGAAGAUGGAGUAACAUGGUGAAGAAACAGAGUGGCAGAAAUGCUACAAAUUAUCGGUGUUCUUGAGCCAAGGGAGACCAGAAAUCAUGUCUUUUUGUUUGGAGAAUUUCAUUUUCUUCGUGGAGUGUUUCAGUUAGGGGAAGCAUUCAUGACUCCAAGAUGGUUUCAGAGCUUUUGAAGAUUUCAGGGGAAUUCUUAAGAAUCUCAAACACAGUAUUUGAAGCGCCCCGAGAAAACCAGUAGCCGCUGAGACAAAAUAUGUAGAGACAGAUUUGGAGAAAACAAAUCACUCCAAGCAAUAGGGUAUGUAUGUAUGCGUGUGUGUCUGUGCGCGCGCGCGCAAUCCAUAUAUAUAUCAUCAUGUCUAUCCUAUAGUAUAUGAAAAGAUUUGAGGAUUCUCAGGUGUUGAUAUCGAGUUUAAAAGAGAAGAUGGGCUAGAAGGAAAAUGAUAAGUGUCCCACAUUGGAAAAUGAGAGGUAUUUGGGCCAUAAGGGUCAAACCUCCACUCUUAAGCUAGCUUUUGUGGUGGAGUUAGGGCCUAAACCUUAUUAAUUGGUAUCAGAGCCUAACUCUCUAUUUUUCGCUGGGCCUUUGACGGGCCGUUCUCCUGCGGACAUGCGGUCGACUCGGUGGUUGUGGCGCCAGCGACCAGAUUUGCCCCAGCGCCGUGGACGUCGCUGUCUAAAGGGGGCGGUAUUGAUAAGUGUCCCACAUUGAAAAAUGAGAGGUAUUUGGGCCAAUAUAUAAGUAAGGGUCAAACCUCCACUCUUGCUAGCUUUUGUGGUGGAGUUAGGGCCUAAACCUUAUUAGAAAACUUGCAUUACAUUAAGGUGCAGCGAAAUUGUUUGACUCUAUCUCUCUGAAUGUUCAUGUUUAAGGUUACACCCUGAACUUAUCAUUCAAGCCUUUCAUCUCCAGAUUACUUUACAAAAGAUCCAAACAUGGA